CAUAGAUACUGGAUUACAUUAGGGAUACCAUCAAUUGCUCCACGAUGGGAGCCAUAAUCUCGUCCUGCUGGGCCAACCUCCCUCCACUGACAGACAUCCUCCUCCCCACGCCGGAAGUCUACCGCACCUUACUGAACAUCUUCCAAUACUUUCCAUUGUUCACAACCAUCCAAUGGCUAACCGCCUGGCACCCAGCGGGCAAAACCUCACUGAAGCGCUCGAUCUUCAACCUCCCAGGCCGUUGGGCCUGGUUCGCAAUGGAGAUCACCAGCCCACUGAACCUGCUCUACAUCCUAUGGAAGCUACCCUCCAAACUCGAUCUGCCUGAGUCUUAUAGCCUUCCCUGGCAGAACAAGCUCCUUGCCGCCCUCUUCGUAGCCCACUACCUCAACCGCGCCGUCAUCUCCCCCUUCCUCGCUGCCCCAAGCAUGUCCCCCAUCCACCUCUUCAUCAUGACCUCCGCCAUGCUCUUCAACUGGUUCAACUCCACCUGUCUCGCCUGCUGGCUGGUUGGCUACGAGAUCCCAACCAUCCCGGCUUAUCACCAUGCUUACCGCCCCAGCGGCACCGGAGCCGCAACAAUCCAGUCCCUAGGGGUGCUGAUUUUUCUUGGGGGCAUGGCAACGAACAUCUACGCAGAGCGCACGCUCUUCCGUCUCCGUCGCGAGGAGGCUGCGCGUCGUGCCGCCUCCUCUUCCUCUUCCUCCCCUGAAGCUAACUCGCGUUCGCAAUCAGACAGGAAGGGAGAACCCCCCUCAACAUCCAAAGUCUACAUCCUCCCGCCCAAAUCCCACCCCCUGUUCUCCGCAAUCCUGUACCCGCACUAUCUUGCCGAGUGGAUUGAAUGGACGGGUUUCGCGCUUGCGGGGACGAUGGUUCGAUCUAUUUCAUCGGUGGGGUGGGGGGGCCUCGCGGCUGCGACAGCUAGUUCUGCUAGGGCAGCACCCCUCCGGCUCGCGCCGUGGCUUUUGCCCUUCGCUAAGGGGGCGGCGUACGCCGGGCUGUCGGUGCCUGUUCCGGCGGUUGUGUUUGUGGUGAAUGCGGUCACGAAUAUGCUGCCGCAUGCGCGGUGGGGGCGGCGGUGGUAUCAGGUGUGGCGCUGGCGUGAGGUGUUUGUACCGUAUAACACUAUAUUCAGUUGUGAUGAUUAG